UCCUCCAAAACGAGGGAGAGAGAGAGGGGCUAGAGAGAGAAAGAAGGCGCAUACAAAAGCCAUUUCUAGAGCGAGAAACCCGUAGCCUAGAGAGAGAAACCUCCCCCUCCCUCUCUCUCCCUUCUCUCUCUCUGUAACUGCUCGAUGGAGCUUCCAUGGCAGAUCUCGAAACCCUAGCCUCGGACGUCCCUGUAGACAUCCGCCAUUCCUCGCGGGAGAAUCUCCGCCUCGCUCGCCGUCCACCGGAGGGAGCUCCCGCCUCCGUCUCCGGCGGUUCUCCGUCGAGCUCCCGGCUUCGCUCCCGCCUCGAUUCCGGAGAUCUCCGGAUAACUCGAGCCGGCCUCGCGUCCGGUUCUCUGCUCUAGCCGGCAGGCAUUGGCGUUUCCGGAUCGUUCCCCGGGGGGGCGAGUUGCGUUGCUUUCCUCGUGCGAGCUUCGGGAGGAGGUAAUCCGGUACCGUCCGGUUCGAUUGGCGCUCUUCCAGGACCGUACGCGCGCUCGCUGGCUACCGUUGCGGAGGGUGGAGGUCGCGUCUGUGAGGGUUUGAGAUUCCGCGGUGGGGAUUCCGUGGGGUAUAUGGUGAUGGUGCUGUAGUCGCUUGGUUGGUCAAGGUAAUAAAUAUGGAAGAUAGGGGAGGGUCGUUUGUCGCCGUCAGGAGGAUUUCUCAAGGCAUCGAGAGAGGCAACACCUGCCAUUCAACUUCAGCUGAAGUUGUGGCAGGCUCAGCAGCAUGGCUUGGUCGAGGUCUUUCUUGCGUUUGUGCACAGAGACGAGAGAGCGAUGCUCGUCCGUCAUUUGAUUUAACUCCAGCCCAGGAGGAAAGCUUGCAGAGGCUUCAAAGCCGCAUAGAUGUUGCAUAUGAUAGUUCUAUUCUGGAACACCAGGAAGCUCUAAGGGCACUUUGGCAUGCUGCCUUUCCAGAAGAGGAACUUCAUGGUUUAAUAACUGAACAGUGGAAGGAAAUGGGUUGGCAAGGAAAGGACCCAUCCACUGAUUUUAGGGGUGGUGGUUUCAUUUCAUUGGAAAACUUGCUGUUCUUUGCCAGGAAUUUUCCGAAAUCCUUUCAAGAUCUUCUAAGGAAACAGGAAGGUGAUCGGUCAAUGUGGGAAUACCCUUUUGCUGUAGCUGGCGUGAACAUCACAUUCAUGCUUAUCCAAAUGCUCGAUCUUGAAGCAGUUAAGCCACGAACGCUUGUUGGAGCUACUUUCUUGAAGUUCCUUUCUGAAAAUGAAUCAGCGUUUGAUCUUCUAUACUGCAUCACAUUCAAGCUGAUGGACAAUCAGUGGCUUGCCAUGCGGGCAUCAUAUAUGGAUUUUAAUGCUGUGAUGAAAUCGACCCGCCGUCAAAUGGAAAGAGAGCUGCUGCUUGAAGAUGUAACUCGUCUUGAGGACUUGCCCUCUUAUGGCCUUCUUUCUCGCUAGUGUGGUUCUGUAAGUUCAAAAAGUGGUCGAUGUAGAAGCAGGUUUUAUAGAGUGAACAAGGAGGUUUCCUUUUUUUAGCGUCUCUCUCUCUCUCUCUAGAUCAUGUUUGUACGUCACGCUACCCUCAUAAAAUGGCUUUGCAUUUACAGUAUUGAGUGUUAUCCUUGAUUCUUUUGGAAAAUUUGAACCUGGUUUCCCAAGUCUGUAACUUAGAGUGGCCCCCUUAUUGAGUGAUUUGGAAUGCUGCUGGCAGGAGCAGAACUAUGGCCAGAAAAUGAAAAGCAAAAGAAAUCGAUUCA